AUGACUUCUGCCUCGCCCAUCUCCCCAUUGAAAACUGACGGUGAUUUCAAGCAAUUCAAGGAUUUUUUAUUGGGCAACCUGAUUUCCAAUGGAAAACCGGAUGAGAAAAGUUUGAAGCAACUUUUUCAAGUUUUUGACAAGGUAAUAAAAGACAACUCAAUAUAAUAAUCAAACCAAAUACUUUCAGGACAAUGACGGCCUCCUCAAUAGUGCUGAGACCGCCGUGUUCAACGGCAAGAUUGUCGAUAAGGUUAACAACUUGAGAACGGCCUAUAUGAUCGUUGAUUUGCAAAAUGAUUUUCUCCACGAAGCCGGUGUUAUGCCAGUAAAGGUUAGUUAAGAAAAUGCUCCUUCUGAUGCUUUUAAAAUUUUGCAUACAUUCCAGACGACAUACAUACAGUGACGGAUCUGAUCCAGGGCAAAAAACGUACCAUUUGGCAUCCCGGAAGCAUCAAAAAAUAUGGCAAAAUGACUCCCUCACCAACUAAAAGAACUCCGUUUUGAAGGGCUAUCCCUCACAAAAAUCGGGCGCGCUUUUAAAUUGGAGUUUUUUCAAUUGGAGAGGGAGGUAUUUUGCCACAUUUUUUGAUACUUUCCGGAUGCAAAAUGGUACGUUUUUUGCCACUGGAUUAGGUUCGUCACUGUAUAUAAGCUGCUUAAAAUUUUUUGCUGGCUCGUUGCAAAGGCAGGUUAGAUAUUCAAAAAAAACUUUUACGUGAGAGUAUGCAAAAUGCCGUGAGCGAUCAGAGAAACAAUUUUUUUGGUCGUGCCUUCGGCCAUUUAGCCCACAAAAAAUAGAAUUUCAGUAUCGUAACUCCAACAUUGCCUCUUGAAUUAAAAGCUGUAGUUGCGACAAAUUUUUUAUUAUAACCCACUUUCAGGAGUGCCCGCCAAAAGAGGAUCCCCUAAAACUCGUCCCAACAAUAAACAAGAUCAGCGACCGUUCCGCUGACUUCGACUUGACCGUUUUUACCAUCGAAUGGCACCCGCCAAACCACAUCUCCUUUGUUGAACAUGCCCACGACUCCGAUCGGGUUUUGGCGGAUCCUUCGAAAAAAGUUGAAUUCCAUUCAAUCGUUGAAUUCGCGUCCCCAAAAGUGAGCAUACCCGUAUUGCCAAAGCAUUGUGUUCAAUGGUCAUGGGGAGCUGAUAUUCAUGCGAGUGUUAAGAGGCCAGUGGGAUCGGUUACUGUUCCAAAGGCCUACCAUGUUCUUGUGGAAACGCAUUCUGGCUUCGGGCUGGAAGGGUUUGAACGGUGAGAAAUUGAUGACAUUUCGAAAAAUUUAGGCUUACAAAGAACGGUCAUAAAGCAGGAAGUUACCAAUGUAAAAUUUCUAUCGUACGACAGUAACGGAUCUGAUCCAGGAGCAAAAAACGUACCAUUUUGCAUCCGGGAAGUAUCAAAAAUGUGGCAAAAUGCUUCUCUCUCCAACUAAAAGAACUCCAUUUUGAAGAGCGCGCUUUUAAAAUCGAACUUUUUCUCUGGGACAGGGAGCUAUUUUCCUACAUUUUUUGAUACUUCCCGGAUGCAAAAUGGUACUUUUUUGCCGCUGGAUAAGGUCCGACUGCACGUAGACUACGGAAUAAAAAUCAUACUUUUAAUCGUUUUGAAAUGUCGGCUGCCCGCAAAGUUGUGGCCCGCAAGAGUCGCGACGCCUGAUUAUUCAACGUUUCUUACGAGAGAGCAGGCAAAAUGUGGAGGCCAGUCAGAGAAAAAAUUAUUAGCUAUAAAUCCGCCAAAUGACCAUGUGGAAAAAGAUUCUUCUUACAAAUGUAUUAUCGAGUACAGGAUGGUUCGUAUUUUACAAUUCCUUUUUCAGCACUGAUCUUGAAGAUGUUCUCCGCGCAAAGAACAUUGACGCCAUCUUUAUGUGCGGAAUUGCUGGGGAUAUGUGCGUUCCGGACACCGCGUUUGACGCCGUGAAACUCGGUUUUGAAGUGGCAAUCCUUGAGGACUUAUUGUAAGUUCUUGAUCAAUAAAAAAAUUUAAAAAUGAUGACCAAAAAACAAUUAAAGAAUACUUUUUUCAGAAGCAAUGUCGAUUUCGACAUGACCAAGACUGCAAGAGCGCAGAUGGACUCCGUAGACGUUGCGUACGUCCAUUCCAACGCAGCAUUUGAGUAUGUGAACAAGCGGAAGGUCCCAUUCCAAUGGAUCAAACAUUUUGCGGGAAUCAAAGCGUAA